CAGCUGAGUGUUCGUUGUGAGUUGUUGUUACCACAACUAUGGCACGUACCAAGCAAACGGCUCGCAAGUCCACUGGUGGCAAGGCGCCCCGCAAGCAGCUUGCUACAAAGGCAGCUCGCAAGUCUGCUCCAGCCACUGGAGGUGUCAAGAAACCCCACCGUUACAGGCCUGGAACCGUUGCUCUCCGUGAGAUCCGCCGUUAUCAGAAGAGCACUGAGCUGCUUAUCAGGAAACUGCCUUUCCAGCGCCUGGUGCGUGAAAUUGCUCAGGAUUUCAAGACUGACCUCCGCUUCCAGUCCUCUGCUGUCAUGGCUCUCCAGGAAGCUUCCGAGGCUUACCUCGUGGGUCUGUUUGAGGAUACCAACCUGUGCACCAUCCAUGCCAAGCGCGUGACUAUCAUGCCAAAGGACAUCCAACUGGCUCGUCGCAUCCGUGGCGAGCGUGCCUAAGAAGUCAUCCACGAAUGAUCUUCAUAACAGCAAUAUCUAGGCCCUUUUUAGGGCCAAACAUCUCUUUCAUUAAAGAA